CUGCAUGUUUUGCAUCACUGAACUCUAUAAUGUUCUGUUAAUGUAAUGUUACAGUUUUGCAUGCAUUGCAAACUAUAUUGCAAAUGUUUUUGCAGUUGUUGGUUGUGCACAAUCGACAGAUUUGUUUUGUCAUUAUAGAGUUCAGUGGAUUUGUCACAUAGUUCUAUGAUAUAUUUGAAAACGUUCAUAUAUAAGGGACCAUGUUCAAUAGGAGUGUGCCAGGGUUCCACCGACUGGACACUGAUCUGCUUGGAAGAGUCUGCAGUGCUGCAGAGGGUGAUGAGCUGGCUGACUGCAUCUCUUGGUCACAGACACAGGGAUCUUCUCAAUCAUCAGGAGCAGCUGAAGCUCCUGCUCAUGUGUCAAAGCCUGCUCCAGUCAGCCACAAUCCAGCUCCUGGAUCUGAUGAGGAAAUCCUCCCUCCUUCCAUUGAGGACUCGUCCCCAGCACUCCAGUCCUCACAGCUGGUGCAGGAUCCCUCACAAGACUCUCCAGUAGUAUGUGUCUCUCAUUACUCCAGACCUCCAGCAGCAGCUCAGCCAGCUCUGAGUAGUGUUCUUCCCAAUCCAGAUCCCAACGCUCCAUCUCCUGUGUUACAUCGACCAUCUGUGGCAACCUCGUCAAGGCAGACAGAUGGCCAGCGUGUUGGUACUUCCAGAGCAGCCAGAAGAAUAUUCCAUCAGUCAGCCACAGAAACUACCUCUACUUCUGGGACUGCUGCUGCCCAGAAAAGGUCAACUGCAGUACCAACUUUCAAUGCAGCUGCAGCAUCCGCCAAGUCUGUUCAGACCCAAUCAGGUCGCCAUUCCUCGCCCGGCUCGGAGCUGGAAGACUCACCGCCACCUGUGCCGCGUUUGUCCCCGGUGCUCGGCACACAGAGGUCGCCGGUGCUCCGCCCUUCCCGUUCCCCGGUCCUGAGGCCGACACGGCGCCUCCGGCCGGCAACCGAGACAGUGCAGAUCACAGAUGUGUCGAAAUAUGAUACACGAGUGUCCGAUGCCGCCGCUAGUGUAGCUAAAAGUGCUACCGAAGUGUCGGAAGACGCAUCCCCUAGUGUGGCCAAACAAGCCACUGAAUGUGCUACUGAAUGUGCUACUGAGAAGCCCAAGAGCACCACCAGUGUGUCUUUGAUGACUUCUAGAGAAUCCAAAUCUGCUCCAUCGUCGUCUAAACACACCCAGCCGGAGAUCCAACCGCGCCUCGCUCAGAAGACGACGGUCGGCGAGGGACCGUCCUCGGCAGGCUCCUCUCCGGUAAUCGAGCGUCGCCGCAGACGUAGAGGAAGAACCAAUUCCGCCUCCGGGGCAGGGUCUGCGGCACACAGAACAGAUGAUGCCACCCGUAUGUCUACCGACCGGACCGAGGAGACUCCGAUGGGUGUCAGGCCGGCCGCUGUCGCCGUCUCCAGAGUGGAGGACGUCACGCCGCUGUGUGCUCCAGAUCCUGCUCUGGUCAGCCCAGCGGUGACCCGCCGGUCGGUGGACAAGGCUCCCCGCCGACCGGGUCCCGUCAGGCAGCUGUUCCCUGCCUUUGAGGCGUCUAGAGCGACUGGAGUGCCAGGCCCGUCCGCGGGCCGUGCAGCCUCUGCUGGAGUCCGCUCUUCUAUGGCAUCUGAGCUACCAAGGCAACCUUCUCAUGAAUCUCCCAACAAUCCUCGUAACCCUGAAAACUCAAGGGAGACAUCCAACACCACAAACGAAACUAGCAGGACGGGUGGUGAUCGCUCUCACGUCUCUACACCACGGAGACCGGCCGGUGGCUCCAGCGGAUCCCGGUGCCGGCACCCUUCAGGUGACAGCGCCCAGACCACCAAACGGCGCCGCACGCUGCUCUCGGUCGACGAGGAGCUGCGGAGCGGCCCGGGACGGGAGCCGGAGCCGGUGCCGACUGUGUCCAGCCAGGAGCGGCUCCGCUGGCUGAGAGCAGUCACCGGAGCCGACCGGACUGUGCCGCAGGCGGUGACAACCGACCGCCGCGCGUCGGACUUUGUGCGUCAGCUGCGCCGUUCUGAAGUCACCCCGGAGAAGACAGCCGCCGAGCCGGAGGUGCCGCCGUCAGGGAGGAAGCUGCCACCGAAGCGCCGUGGUCUGGUACAGCGGCUGCGCAGGGUGCUGAAACGCAGCGGUGCCUUUGUCAGGAUGAGUCGGCAUAGGACCGGCGGCGCCCCCGAUCAGGGCUGCCUGCGUGUGUUUGUCGAGCGCUGUGAGCGUCAGGUCGGCGCCCGCAUGGUGCUGGGGAGGACCGCAGACCCCAGUCGGUCCUCUGGUGACCCCGGCCGGUCCUCUGGUGACCCCGGCCGGCCCUCUGAUGACCCCGGAGAAGGAACGGUGCAAGUGCUGCUUGCCAAUGGUGCUGACCUACCAGCGGUCAGCGCUGGAGACACUCUGCUGCUCCACCCGCCCUGGCAGCGUCUCCAGGUGUCUGAGGGCCCUCCGGUGCUGCUGCCGAUAGGCGGCGCUAGCGUCGAGCCGGGCCCGCCGCCCCCGCCCCCGCCAGUCGUAUUCGUGGAGCUCACUUGUCCCUGUCCCGACGACGCUCCUCUGCCCGCCCAGUGUCUCCGUCCGUUUCCACGGACCGUCUCACCCUCCCGGCAGCCGCUCACCCAGAGCCACCUGACGACCGUCCGUGAAGCAGUAUCUGCAGACUGUCCGCUAGAUGACACUACGAUCCUCUCCGCCCUGGGCUGCGGCGGUGACGUCGUGAACACGAUCGACGCGACGGUUCUGCACGUCUGUCAGUACAGAUGUCCGGCCGACAGUCAGACUUCUGACGGUCCCGAGGAGGACUGGUGCUGGUCACUACUGGUGCGGGACGGGGCCGGUACGGUGGCUGAGGUGGUGGUGCCCGCCCCUCUCGUCAGGAGGUACAGGACGCUGGUCCGGUCUGGGACCCGGCUGCGGCUGACGGGACUGGUAGUCAGAGAGAGGACUACCAGUGAUCAGCAUCCGGCUCUGGCCAGCAUUGUGGUCCGUCUGACGGGCGGCGCCGACCCCGGCUUUACCUACAUCCUCCAGGCGCUGUCCAACGACAGCCAGCUGACCGAACUGCCGGGGAGGACCGUAUCGGCCGGCGGUGACCCCGGCCUCCUCCCCGAGCCGUCCUCUGGCGGGGGUCUCCCCCGGUCUGCCCAGGACCCGCCAGUCAUCACUGAGAACCUCCCCCGGUCUCCCAGAGACCCUCCGUCCCCCACGGAGAGGGGUCCGUGCGACCCCAGUCCCUGGUGUUACUCCACACUGACCGGGGAGGGCGGGCCGCCAGCUCCCGCUGCCCCGGACUGCCGCCUGGACCUGGCCUGCCGUCUGCUGGCCCCCCUGGACGGCGCUGUGUUGGUGCUGACAGCUGACGGUCCGCUGAGGCUAGAGCUGCAGUCAGACGCGGCGCUGAUGAUGUUACCCGGUCAGACGGCCCUGCUGAGACAUGUCUGGAGGAGGGACGCACGGAUGGCGGUGGAUAGGUACUCGUCAGUGGAGCGGCGGGACGCGGUGACCGUGCCACCCCCAGGGACACCCCUGCCGCCCCUGACGGCGGCCGCCCAGCCCGACCAGCUGGUGCAUGUGUCCGGUCAGGUGGCAGGCGUGGACGAGCAGUGUGCGUCCGUCUGGCCGGCCUGCUCUGAGUGCGGCUCCGAUGAUCUGGCAGAGACAUCUAGCGGCCAGUUGUGUCACUUCUGCUGCCUACCGCCGCCGUCCGUUGUCAACAGAAUGGAACUGAAGGUGGAGGUAGCGUGCCCUGGCCUGGGUCGGAGUCGAGUCUUCGUGCAGCUCUUACAGAGCACGAUAGAAGGUCUGCUGGGACGGUCAUCGGGCGACCCCGACCAGGGUUACGAGCUAUCCUCGGUGCUCGGUCUCGACCUCACCGACCUCUGUUGUGUGGUCACCAGUCGACAGGCGCACACCAUCGGUCUUCACCAGAUUCGACUGUAGCGACAGUGGAAACAUGGUUACCUGAAGCGGGCGCGACUGUGGCGUCGGUGAUAUCCAGGUUGUGACAGGGUUUUUAUCCUAACCGGCUGCGACCACGACGUCGGCUGUGAUCGAAUUCGGGAAGCUUGUAACGGGGCGAACUGGCCCACCGUGACUGAAAGUGACAUGUGACGUUGAACUAACAGAUGGUGACGAUAGUGAGUCUUAUGUUCUACGUCAAAGUGAUAAGAAGUACAAUUAUGAUAUUGGAGAUGAUGCAAUGCUGCACUCGCCUGUUCGUUGUAGGCAUUCAGUGUCACAGAAGUGACAGAUGAUGCUUCAGAUUAUUGCGAUUUUGUUUCCUGUCGUUGCUAUUAGGCAAGGGUACAAACAUCGUUAUUUAAGUCGUCGAGAUCUUCCUUGCGUUCUGGAAAUUGUAUUGUUUGUUUAGCUCAGUGCAUUAUUUGUUGAACAUAACGAAUACAUUUAUUUUAACAAACUUUUUGGCAGGUUUUACGUUUAACAUGGCUUAUUAACCCGCUCACCGUCAAACACUUCCAUGAAGUGGUAACCUUCUUAAAUGAUGACAAUUAAAUAUUUAAAUUAACGUCAAUGCGUUGUGUUUCUAAAAAAAUAUAGUUAUGUCCAUUUCGGAUAUUGAACAUGCAUUCAUAAAUCGAUGCCUUACAUGUAGGUAGGUAUGAAAUGGUCUCUAUUGUGAUUAGGUAUGAGUUCAUGAGUUAAAGUCAUCUUCGCCCGCUAUGAGUCCAUGAGUUUAAGUCACCUGCGCCUGAUACCUAUCUUUAGGCCUUUAAAACGCAGGAAGGUACCAUCGCAUGUGUUAUGCGCGAUGUUGUAUGUUUCCGGUAAAAAUAAAUGCAACUAUGGACUUCUAUCCAUCAGAGGUCUGUCGCGCAAGAAAAAACAGAAAAACCUUGCUUACCUACUACUACUUUCUUGGUAGUCUUGACUCUUGACUGACCAUGCAUUUGUUUACGUUGUCACUCGCCGUCGGAAGUGUUGGUUUCGUUAAAUAAAACAACAGGAAAAGUUUGCUAUGUUUCUUAGCUGUAAUCGCAUAAUGCAUGAGCCCUUUUCAUCGGAUUUCCUUGACAUCUUCUGUGGAAAGGUGCUGCUCGUGACGCUGUGGCUUGUCGCAUAAGAAUUCACGGCGGGCAUGACUAUUUUAUUUUUACAUUUCGGUGUCUUGCUUUGUGAUA